CUUUGUUGUUUUAGAAUCGAUAGGUACCUAAUAAGCGUAUUCAGUAAGCGUUUUUAAAGUAAACAACAUUAAAUAUACAUUAUUGUUUAUUGUUAGCUAUUACUACGAUUUGUUAUUUUAAUGAACGAAACAUUUAAAUAAUUUGAGCUAAAGUUUUGUCAACUUAAUCAUAUUAAGUUGAAUGCUGUAAAAUAAACAAUGAAGUCAUUUAUAUUUAUUUUAUUACUAAAGUUAUCUUUAGCAGAAUUAACAACGCGUGUUAGUCCUGGAUAUGAUUGCGAGUACUGCCAGCCAGAACAAAUACACAUUUCAUUUGGAUCAAAAUCCAAUGACAUUGUCGUAACAUGGACGACAUUUAAUGACACUCAAGAGUCCCGAGUCCAGUAUGGGGAGGCCACAAUGGACAAGGAGGCAGUUGGCUCCAGGACCCUCUUUACGGAUGGAGGGAAGCGUCGUCGGAAGAUGUGGAUACAUAGAACUCUUCUACCUGAUCUAAAAUUUGAUACCAAAUAUGUGUAUCACGCGGGAUCGGUGUUCGGUUGGUCGGAGGAGUUCUCGUUCAAGACCCCCCCGGCGGGCGAGGACUGGGUGGUGCGCGCCGCCAUAUACGGUGACAUGGGGAAUAAGAAUGCGCAUUCGCUAUCUUACCUCCAAGACGAGGCGCAGCGUGGUCACUUCGACAUGAUCCUCCACGUGGGGGACUUCGCCUACGAUAUGGACACCGACGACGCGCUGGUGGGAGACGAGUUCAUGCGACAGAUCCAGCCCCUGGCGGCCAUACUGCCCUACAUGACGUGCCCGGGGAACCACGAGGCGAAGUAUAACUUCAGCAACUACCGCAACCGGUUCUCCAUGCCGGGCCCUUACGAAAGCAUGUUCUACUCGUUCGACCUCGGCCCGAUACACUUCAUAUCUAUAUCCACUGAAUUUUACUAUUUCCUCGAGUUCGGGUUUAAGAUGGUCGCAAAUCAGUUCGAAUGGCUCCAGGAGGAUCUCAUCGAGGCCACGAAACCGGAGAACAGGGCGCGGCGACCGUGGCUCGUGCUGGUCGGGCACCGCCCCAUGUACUGCAGCAACUCCGACGACAUCGACUGCAGCGUCGAGUACACCAGGAAGGGGCUGCCGUUCCUGGGCCUGUACAGCCUGGAGCCGCUGCUGCAGCGCUUCGGCGUGGACGUGGCGCUGUGGGCGCACGAGCACAGCUACGAGCGCACGUGGCCGCUGUUCGACCUGCGCGUGCGCAACGGCUCGGCCGCGCAGCCCUACCGGAACCCGCGGGCUCCUGUCCACAUAGUAACUGGCUCGGCGGGCUGUCAGGAGGAUACGGAUAAAUUUAAAAGUCCCCCCCCGGCGUGGUCGGCGUUCCGCAGCUCGGACUACGGCUACACUCGCCUGUACGCACACAAUCACACCCACCUGGAGUUCCAGCAGGUGGACGUUGACCUCAAGGGUCAAGUUGUGGACUCUUUCUGGAUAGUCAAGGACCAUCAUCGGCCUUAUGACCCCCUGUAAUAAGGAGUAAUAUUGAAUGUCUCAGAUAUGAUCGACACCCAAAGAACUUGUGAUAAUAUAAUAUGGAUUGAGAUAUAUAAAAGAAUAAGCAUUGAUAGCAUAUAUAGCGAUUGUAAAAUCGCAGGCUCGAUUCUCUAACCCCUUGGGGGUAUUUUUGGACUUAUUGGAGGAUAUAAUGGGCAUAUUUAGUAAUAGAUUGGUAGAUAAAAAUACUUAGAUAUUGCUUUCAUUUGUAAUUAAUAAUUUUUUAAUUCAUUUCUUUUUUGAGAAAUAUAUAAACUUUAAAUAAAAA